UUUCAUCAUUCCUGGGGACUUCUGCAAAGGAUCUUUUUCAGUUUUGCUCAAGAGAAAGUUCUGGAUCUAUCAAGUAGGUCUUAAAGAAAUCCUUUGUGUGGGUUAUAAAUAUAGAUGUUUUCAUGAAGAGGAGUGAAAAGCCAGAAGGAUAUAGACAAAUGAGGCCUAAGACCUUUCCUGCCAGUAACUACACUGGCAGUAGCCGGCAGAUGUUGCAAGAAAUUCGGGAAUCCCUUAGGAAUUUAUCCAAACCAUCAGAUGCUGCUAAGGCUGAGCAUAACAUGAAUAAAAUGUCAGCUGAAGAUCCUCGACAAGUCAGAAAUCCACCCAAAUUUGGGACACAUCAUAAAGCCUUGCUGGAAAUUCGAAACUCUCUACAACCAUUUGCAAAUGAAACAAGUCGGAGUACUUCAGAAGUUAAUCCACAAAUGCUUCAAGACUUGCAAGCUGCUGGAUUUGAUGAGGAUAUGGUUAUACAAGCUCUUCAGAAAACUAAUAACAGAAGUAUAGAGGCAGCAAUUGAAUUCAUUAGUAAAAUGAGUUACCAAGAUCCUCGCCGGGAACAGAUGGCCGCAGCAGCUGCCAGACCUGUCAAUGCCAGCUUGAAACCAGGGAGUGUGCAACAAUCAGUUAACCGCAAACAAAGCUGGAAAGGUUCCAAAGAAUCCUUAGUUCCUCAGAGACAUGGCCCACCACUAGGAGAAAGUGUAGCCUAUCGUUCUGAAAGUCCUAACUCGCAGACAGAUGUAGGAAGACCUUUGUCAGGCUCUGGUAUAACGGCUUUUGCUCAAGCUCACCCUAGCAAUGGACAGAGAGUGAACCCCCCACCACCUCCUCAAGUAAGGAGUGUCACUCCUCCACCACCUCCCAGAGGCCAGACUCCUCCUCCAAGAGGUACAACUCCACCUCCCCCCUCAUGGGAACCAAACUCUCAAACAAAGCGCUAUUCCGGGAACAUGGAAUAUGUAAUCUCCAGAAUCUCUCCUGUUCCACCUGGAGCCUGGCAGGAGGGCUAUCCUCCACCACCUCUGAACACGUCCGCAAUGAAUCCUCCUAAUCAGGGUCAGAGAGGCAUUAGUUCUGUUCCUGUUGGCAGACAACCAAUCAUCAUGCAGAGUUCCAACAAAUUUAACUUUCCACCAGGAAGACCUGGAAUUCAGAAUGGUAGUGGACAGACUGAUUUUAUGAUACACCAAAAUGUCCCUGCUGGCACUGUGAAUCGGCAGCCACCGCCUCCGUAUCCUCUGGCCCCAGCUAAUGGACAGAGCUCUUCUGCUCUACAAACGGGGGGAUCUGCUGCUCCUUCAUCAUAUACAAAUGGAAAUCUUCCCCAAUCUAUGAUGGUGCCAAACAGAAACAGUCAUAACAUGGAACUUCAUAACAUGGAACUUUAUAACAUGAAUGCACCUGGACUGCAGACAACUUGGCCUCAGUCAUCUUCUGCUCCAGCCCAGUCGUCCCCAAGCAGUGGGCAUGAAAUCCCCACUUGGCAGCCUAACAUACCAGUGAGGUCCAAUUCCUUUAAUAAUCCAUUAGGAAAUAGAACAAGUCAUCCUGCUAAUUCUCAGCCUUCAGCUACAACAGUCACUGCUAUUACACCAGCUCCUAUUCAACAGCCUGUGAAAAGUAUACGUGUAUUAAAACCAGAGCUACAGACUGCAUUAGCCCCUACACACCCUUCUUGGAUACCACAGCCAAUUCAAACGGUUCAACCUAGUCCUUUUUCUGAGGGCACCACUUCAAAUAUGACUGUUAUGCCUCCCGUUGCUGAAGCUCCAACCUAUCAAGGUCCACCUCCACCUUAUCCCAAGCAUCUGCUACACCAAAACCCAUCUGUUCCUCCAUACGAAUCAAUCAGUAAAUCUAGCAAAGAGGAUCAGGCGAGCGUGCCCAAGGAAGAUGAGAGUGAAAAAAGUUAUGAAAAUGUUGAUAGUGGGGAUAAAGAAAAGAAACAGAUUACAACCUCACCUAUCACCGUUAGGAAAAACAAGAAAGAUGAAGAGCGAAGGGAAUCUCGUAUUCAAAGUUACUCUCCUCAGGCAUUUAAAUUCUUUAUGGAGCAACAUGUAGAAAAUGUACUCAAAUCUCAUCAGCAGCGUCUACAUCGUAAAAAACAAUUAGAGAAUGAAAUGAUGCGGGUUGGAUUAUCUCAAGAUGCGCAGGAUCAAAUGAGAAGGAUGCUUUGCCAAAAAGAGUCUAAUUACAUCCGUCUUAAGAGGGCCAAAAUGGACAAGUCUAUGUUUGUGAAGAUAAAGACACUAGGAAUAGGAGCAUUUGGUGAAGUCUGUCUAGCAAGAAAAGUAGAUACUAAGGCUUUGUAUGCAACAAAAACUCUUCGAAAGAAAGAUGUUCUUCUUCGAAAUCAAGUUGCUCAUGUUAAAGCUGAGAGGGAUAUCCUAGCCGAAGCUGACAAUGAAUGGGUAGUUCGUCUAUAUUACUCAUUCCAAGAUAAGGACAAUUUAUACUUUGUAAUGGACUAUAUUCCUGGGGGUGAUAUGAUGAGCCUAUUAAUUAGGAUGGGCAUCUUUCCAGAAAACCUGGCACGAUUCUACAUAGCAGAACUUACCUGUGCAGUCGAAAGUGUUCAUAAAAUGGGUUUUAUACAUAGAGAUAUUAAACCUGAUAAUAUUUUGAUUGAUCGUGAUGGUCAUAUUAAACUGACUGACUUCGGCCUCUGCACUGGCUUCAGAUGGACACAUGAUUCUAAGUACUAUCAGAGUGGUGACCAUCCACGGCAAGAUAGUAUGGAUUUCAGUAAUGAGUGGGGUGACCCCUCUAACUGUCGAUGUGGAGAUAGAUUGAAGCCACUAGAGCGGAGAGCUGCACGCCAGCACCAGCGAUGUCUUGCACAUUCAUUGGUUGGGACUCCCAAUUACAUUGCACCUGAAGUGUUGUUACGAACAGGCUAUACACAGUUAUGUGAUUGGUGGAGUGUUGGUGUAAUUCUUUUUGAAAUGCUGGUGGGACAGCCGCCUUUCUUGGCACAAACACCAUUAGAAACACAAAUGAAGGUUAUUAACUGGCAGACAUCUCUUCACAUUCCACCUCAAGCUAAGCUGAGUCCUGAAGCGUCUGAUCUUAUUAUUAAACUUUGCCGAGGACCAGAAGAUCGCUUAGGCAAGAAUGGGGCUGAUGAAAUAAAAGCUCAUCCAUUUUUUAAAACAAUCGAUUUCUCCAGUGACCUGAGACAGCAAUCGGCUUCAUAUAUUCCUAAAAUCACACACCCAACAGAUACAUCAAAUUUUGAUCCUGUUGAUCCUGAUAAGUUAUGGAGUGAUGAUAAUGAGGAAGAAAAUGUAAACGACACUCUCAACGGAUGGUAUAAAAAUGGAAAGCACCCUGAACAUGCUUUCUAUGAAUUUACCUUUCGGAGGUUUUUUGAUGACAAUGGCUACCCAUAUAAUUAUCCAAAGCCUAUUGAAUAUGAAUAUAUUAAUUCACAAGGCUCAGAGCAACAGUCAGAUGAAGAUGAUCAUCACACAGGCUCAGAGAUCAAAAAUCGUGAUCUAGUAUAUGUUUAACACACUAGGAAAUUAUUGUAAUGAGGAUUUGCAAAAAGACCUGAAACGCAGAGUUUUUUGAGGCUCCAAGAGUAAAAUUAUGCAAAUGUGACAGAGCUAUGUAUGAGUGCUCUGUGUACAAUAUUUUAUGUUCCUAAAUUAUGGAAAAUUUUUUUAAAAUGUUAAUUUAUUCCAGCCUUUUUAAUCAGUAAUUUAGAAAAAAUUGUUAUAAAGUAAAUUAUGAACUGAAUAUUAUAGUCAGUUCUUGGUACUUAAAGUACUUAAAAAAAUAGUGCUUUGUUUAAAAGGAGAAGCCUGGUAUCUAUUUGUACAUACACUAAAUAAUUUUAAAAGACAAGAGUGUUUGAAACUUUUUUGAAAGACAGGUUUAGUUUUAUCUUGCUUUAACCAAAUAUGAAAUGUACCCCACAUUCAAAGAGCUCUUUUUUUUUUUUUUUAAACCCCAUAACCUUGUUUUUGGUGCAAAUAAGCUAUAGAAAUAAAGCCAUGAUGGUGAUGAGUG